AUGCUCCUAAUCGAGUUUGUUCCCAAGAUCCUUGGUGCUUUUAUCGCUAGUUGGGGCGAAUAUUAUUUAUACUACUUUGUACAAGAAUACACCAAAAAUAACAAGGAUCCAAUUGCAUUGGACAAUGUUGAUUUACCAUGGGUCACUUUAUCUCUUUCUUUGUUAAACCCUUUCAAUUGGUAUGUUUCAACACGAUCGUUUUCCAACAAUUUGGAAACGACAUUAACAAUCAUGGCCCUACGAUAUUGGCCAUGGAACCUCGAUAUCAAGUCAAAAGGCUGGUUUAUCAGUUUAGCUUGUGGUGUUGUGAGUUGUAUUAUUCGACCCACAAAUAUACUUAUUUGGUCAUCUUUAGGAAUACACUUGAUGCUCAAAACUAAAAGGUUGAUCAGCUUGAAAUGGAUUUUGUGCUCCUUUUGCCAAGUGGUUGCAAUUCUAAUGAUCAACACUCUUUUGGAUUAUCUAUUUUACAAAGAAUUGACCUUCCCGGUCUACAAUUUCCUUGAGUUCAAUGUUUUUAAAAACUUGUCGAUUUUUUAUGGUGUUGCCCCUUGGCAUUUCUAUAUUUUCCAAGCAAUUCCAUUGAUGAUGACAACUUAUUUGCCAUUGUUGAUCUAUGGAUUGAAAAGGGAUGUUUUACUACUUACAAGCAUAGUGUACUUGAUUGGCUUUUCGGUAAUCCAGCAUAAAGAGUUCCGGUUCAUCAUGCCAUUACAGCCGCUAAUGAUUUAUUUCACAGCUAGAGGGUUUCGAGCUGUUAGAGCCAAGUAUUUAAUAGUAAUGGGAAUUUUACUCAAUAUCUUGAUUGCAUUGUUUUUUGCCAAUAUCAAUGAAAGAGGUGUUAUGGAUGUAGUGAGAUAUUUAAAAGCAGAAAACCAGUCAUCUAUUGGCUUUAUAAUGCCGUGUCAUUCAACACCAUGGCAAAGCCAUUUCCAUAAUCGUGAUUUGGAUGCAUGGUUUCUAAGAUGUGAGCCACCAUUACAUCUAACAAAUCCAACAAUGAAUGAAAUCAAUGUAUACAGAGACGAAUCUGAUCAAUUCUAUGAUAAUCCAAAACAAUUUUUAACAAUGUAUUUCAAUCAAGACUUGAAGAAAAUGCCUGAAAAUAUCGUCAUUUUUGAAGCAUUGGAAAAAUUUAUCAAAGAGGAAUUUAGUGGUGAGUAUUAUGAACAUAAACGUUUCUUCAAUAGUUAUUUCCAUUGGGAUGAUAGAAGAAAUGGAGAUGUAAUAGUAUACAAGAGAAUUACACCAUCGAGCAGAGCGAGAUAG